UUGAAGUCCACAAGUCUUAAAGGGACCAAGGUUGGAGACCCCUGCCCUAGAACAGCAACAUCUGCCUAUCUUAAGUCCUCGGGAAGGGCUCGAUAGGUAGACGGAAAAAUAACCAAAUCGAGCCUGAAUAUCUAGCCGACUGUGCUACGAACCGUAUCCUCAACUUGCGACCGCAAUGGAGGACAAAAGGUCGUCAAGCAAGAAAUUUGUGGCUCCAGCCGCAUCUUACGACUCGUCUUGCUUAAGUGACUGAUUGUAGCUGUUAAGUUAGCAACAACGCUACCUGCAAAGAGACCCCCAAACAUGGCCACGGACCCAGACGGGGAAAACGGUGCCGAAAUCAACCAUGGCAACGACCUCCCCGUGGGAGCAGGCAAGCCCAAUUGGGGGACCGCCCUUCACUCCCUGACUCCGGCGGAGGAUGCUCAGUGGAAGGCCGUUUUCCACGAGCGUGUCCAGCCACGGGCUUUGGAUCUGCAGGGCAUCAAGAUGAAGAGACUGCAGAAGAAAACCCUCCAGCAGAAGAAGAUGGAAAAGGAAGACCCGCCGGAUAGCUUGUCCCAGGAUUGGUUCAACACUGAGUCCAUGACUCUGGAAACCCGGGCAUAUCUUCUCGAUAAGCUUCUGCCCACUUUGGUGCCCGCCGUGGAGAAGCUGUUAAAGGUGGCAGAACGGAAACAGGCGCUGGAGCCGAAGGAAUCCGAACCCUGCCCGUUUGACCCCAUGAUCUUCCUGGGCGAAUACCUGAUGAGACAUAACCCUGCCUAUGAUCUGACCGCCAAGCCCAACCCGUACGUGCGAGGGUUGAAGGCCAUCAGGGAUCAGCUGAAGGCACGCGUCCCCGACACAACCCUGCACAAACUUGCUCAGAUGAAGGACUUGGUGGAAGAAAAACGCCAUCAUAGGGAAGAUGUGGAGAACAUCAAAGCUCAAGUCAACCAACUGCGCGAGCAGGCCUUAGCCGUGCAGUUCCACGAAUGGACCCUGGAUGGCACCGGACAGCUACCGCUGGCGCUGAUCCAAAGUGCCUUGAAGUCCUUCCUGGAGGUCGUCAGCAAAAUGCCUCAGUUCAAGGACGCAGACAUCUACGCCAGGCCACUGGAAGCCACGGCAACCCCGGACUUGAAGGUGAACCAAGAGGAAUUCACAGAGUAUCUCCUUUCUUACAUCAGAAAUUUCUCCAGCGACUUGUUCCAGGAACUGCUGAAGCAUUUGCUCCAAUGUUCUCACGAUGCCCGCAACACCAUCCGACAUGACAUCUGGAGGCAGAUGUUUGUCCAGCUGUUCUUCGAUUGUGAAUACGGGCAGAUAGGACUCCUGGACAGGCUGAAGGUCUUGUCGCUCCUGGAGAAGUUCUACCAAGGCAGUUCGGACCUCGCCAAGGAGAUUUAUUGCAACCCAAGGAAAUGGCCAAUAGUUGAACUGGAUGACAUAGACCUCACGGAGUUUUGGGGUGACCUGGAACCUGACGAUGAAGAGGAGCCUCCAGAGGACCUAUCCUCCCCUGAGCGUACCUUAUCUGAGGAAGCCACCUUCCUCAACACGGUCCUCAAAGACAUACUUUCCGAUGAGAAAAUAGCUCUCGGCACCGACGAAGAACCAGCAAUCAAUGAGCUAGAAGAAGCUGGGUUGGAGCAGCAGGUCAGCCCGCCAGAAGCAAGGGCCGAAGACGCUCUUACAAUGACCGCCCAAGACCAAGAAAGUCAAGCGGAAAAACCUCAAGCGGGAACGCCAGUUGCUGAGCUGGAACCCCAAGGAGCAGAGACUCCAGAGGAGGACCUUCCAGAAGCUACCACAGAACCCACCUCUGAAGAAGUGGAGAGACCUACUGGGGAAGAAGCUGCUCCAGAAGACCAUCCCGCCACACCACUUCAGGCCAUUUUGGAAGGAGAAGAAGCAGCUGAGGAAAUCAGACCAGAAGAGGACCUCCUGGCUUCGCCCUCCCAGGUUGCAAUCCGGGUGCAGGAGAUCUUGGACGACAAGGAAGGGUCAACCCCAAGAUCUCCCUUGGUGGAGAAGGACCUUGCUGCCAAGGGAACGGAGGCAGAAGAGGCAGGUGUGCAGGAAGAGCCGGAAGAAACAACAGAACCUGGAACGGAGGCAGGAGGGCAGGAAAAGCCGGAAGAGAAAGGAGAACCUGGAACGGAGGCAGAGGAGACAGGUGGACAGGAAAAGGCAGAAGAGAAAGCAGAGCCAGAUCUCCAAAGACCACCCGGCCCCAAGGACCAGGCGGCUACAGGAAGAGAGAAACCACCGGAAACCUUGGUUACAAAAGUGCCCUCGGUGGCCCCCGGCCAAGCCGGCCUUCACUGGCCCCCUGGCCAAGCCAGCUUGGAGAGGACCCAAGGACCUCAGCGCGUCUACGGGGAGGUCUGGUCAGGGAGCUUCCAAGCGGCGGACCUGACCUUCAAAUACGCGGAUUACGGCAAGGAGAUCCGGGAGGAUUGGAACAAAGAAGACUCCAGGUUUUCAGACCUGCGCCUGGGCAUGCUGGAAAUCCAGGCGCGGGGCCCCCCGGCCUCCCUCAGCCCCUAUGAGAAGCAUUCCCUCAACCUGCCCCAGUUCGUGCAGCUGAUGGAGACCUUUGUGGGCGACGGGGCGUCUCUGCCGAGGUUGAAGAAGCUCACUGAGUUCGUGAAGAGGGGAUACCUGCUGACCGAGGCUCAGAAGUUCAGCCAGCUGGAGAAAGUUCAUCAGUCAUCCAUGUUGGUCCGGAAGCAGCUUCUCACCGCAGCCCUAUUUGAGAAGUGGGACAACGAAUCUUCGGGCUUCAUAGAGAUGAACGAGGUAGACGCCGUCCUCAGCACCUUUAAGGAAGGCAUGGAGGAAGAGGCCUUGACCAAAGCUAAGAUGCAGCUUCCCUUCCCCACCUGGCACCCCAGCGGGAUCGUGAAGUUAACGCAGAAAGACUUCCAAAUCUACAUCGAGCUGGUGGUAUCCGAGCUGACCGGAACUGAAGACGAGGUGCUGGACAACAUUGUGGAGUUCCUGAUGAUGGCCGUGGGGCGCACCCACCUGGAACGGUUGCGAGGGAACGCGCGGCGCAAGUGGCUUCUCCGGAUCGAACACACGGCCAUGACCGGCGGAGGGUGCAUGGAGCCCGUCUACCAGGAGGUCUUCAAGGCUCUCUCCAAGGACACUGAUGCCCAUGGAGACAAGAAGAAAGUCAGCGCCUACAUCGCCCUUCUGGAAUACAACGUCAUUGCCCCUGAGCGGGGAGACAUUCUCCUCCGCUAUGUGGCUUGCACGGGGCAGCCUUAUCUCCUCAACCAGAUCCUUUUCAUGGAUAUGCCGGGAGUCAGCUUUGCAGCCGCCUUGGACGACAAGCCCAUCCACGUCCCCCGAGUUCAGCUGCAUGGGAAUAUCCACUUCUGGAACCCAGAUCGCCCCAAAGAAGAGCAGAGGGGCUCCUUCCUGGUGCUGCCGCUGGAAGAUGUCCGGAGAAGAGUCUUUGGCAUCCUCGGGCUGGACACCCUCCAGGACAAGAACGAAAAAACCAUCUUCGUCCCCCACGAGAUCCGUUACUACCAGGGGCUCGCACACUCCUUCAGCAAAGCCUACCAUCACAUCCGCACCCAGCAAAGCCUGCUACAGGUUCUCCUGGCCGGGGUGCAGUGGCUCUCGGGCCGUGCCCCGGGCCUUCAAAGCAUCACCGCCUACUUCGUGGAACCUGGAGAGACCCGGAUGCACGACUACAAGUUGCGCAAAGCCCUGGACUCAGAUUUGAAAGGGGAGGUGGAAGUCCAUGCCCCACCAGCCCCAACAGUCACCAGGAAAGAAGAAGCCUUCAAAGAUUACCUGUUCAAGAGCGUGGACUGUGCUCUGGUGGUCACUCAACGCCUCUACGGGGAAAACCACGUUGCGGUGCCACUGAGGAACACAGCCGGUGAAGCUAUCAUGGUGCUGGAUCUCAACCUUGGACCCAGGCAGCAGCUGUCGCCUUGCGCGCACAAGGACCUGCAGAAGAUGCUGAAGAUGGCCCAAGCCGCCACCCACGAGAUCCUGAAAGAGGAUUCCGGAGAUCUGGAACCAUAUUACGUCUUGGAGGCAGAAUAUGUUGGGGAUUGGCGGCGCGGAGGCGUCCUCUUCUACCGCUUCUUGCUGCAGGACCUGCAAAACUGCAUCUGGAACCUUGACCCCUGGACCUCCUUUGGCGACAUCCGAUCCAUGGAGAAACCGCCGGCCCUCGUCCACAUCAUCUUGAAAUGCGUGGUGCUUAUUUUAUACCCGCAGUGGGCCGGCACAGAGGAGGUGGAGCGUUGGAGCACCUGCAUACAGAAACUCGACGGAGAACUUAUUGAAAACAUUUGCUACUUCGACCCAACGGCUUCUUACGUGGAGGUCCGUCCGGAGGUUCUGUACAGCUGCCUCCAAGGUGCACGUCGGAAAGCGGUCUGGAGGUUCGGCUCGGCUCCGUUAGAGUACCUUUACAACUGGGCGUGCGCCUGCCUGUCCUUGAUCGAAAUGGCCAAGAAGCUAAAGCAUCGCGACAGUCUGGCCAACUCGGCUUCGGCCCUUUUAACGCCCACGCUUUCUCAGUCCAUCCGGUCGUCGCAGAUUUCGACUCUCCGGUCCAUCUCUUUUUCCUACCCGCUCAAUCCAAGCUGGGCCCCAAGUUCGUAGCAUUCGUUGAACGUGCAGCGCCUCAUUUCCCAGGCGGGAGUUAUAGUUCUCGUCUGUAAUUCUGAAACGUUUCAAUAGGGGGAGGGAGAGAGAGAAUUGGGGUACAAAGCAGGGAGGUUCAAAACCAGCCAGGUUCUUGCAACCCACAAAGUUCAGAGUUAAAAGGGGAGGGGCACUUCACAAAAGAUUGACAAAUAAGCGCCUUAUUUCCCAGGCGGGAGUUAUAGUUCUUGCCUGUAAUUCCAAAACCUUUCAAUAGGUGGCGAGAGACAGAGAGAGAAAACUGGGGUACAAAGCAGGAAAGUUCAAAACCAACCAGGUUCCUGCAACCCACGGAAUUUACAAGGGUGGGGGGGCUUCACAAAAGAUUUCCACCCUGUAGCAUCUUUUGAGGAAUUAUUCCAAUAGAAUAAAGAGGAAAAAAAAAGGGGGCGCCUUCCCCUUACUCCCCGACUCAUUCGGUCCCCCCCCCCACCAAGAAAUAACAAGUUUUCCCAUUGGCCGGUUGCCGAAGAGGACAACGCCGUUCCCGCUAUCUUCGGAAGCAUCAUCGUUUUUAAUA